GCCGGGCACCUGGCUUCCAUCGCAUAUGAAGACCAACCCGCCCGGUUCCCUCCUGAGCAACUCGACACACCUUGAACACUUUGUCUGCUCCAUGACAAUCCUUUACUCCAAAAAUGGCGGCCUUCGAUCCCAUCGAGUUCUUCGGCAUUGGCCACGGUCGGGACAUUGCCAUUGUGCGGCAUGCGAGGAAACAAAGCCAAAGUUCAAUCAGCCUUUCGUCCGCGUGCCCUCCAACCAACGAUGCGUUGGAACAGAGCGUGCCCCAGAGUCACUGGGCUACGCUGAUGCAGCCAAGUGACUUGAAUAGAGUGCCCAUGUCUCCCCCGGUAUAUUCUUUCGUCAACAUCACUCCUGAAAACUCGCUUUUCGCCGCGACUUUCGAUCUCGAUCACGCGCCUCCGUCUGCGUCGCCAAACGUCUCCAUCGAUUCAAGCCGAGCGUUUCUGUCCAUCGAAGAAUGCCCGCUCUACCGCUACCUUGGGAGCGAAGAACGACACGAGCGACUCGCCCUGGCCUUCUGCGCUGAGAUCCAGACCGACGACAAACUCUCAACUGUGCAGAUUCCGGAGAGUUGCUCCCCUUUUGAGGAACAAGAGCCCGGAUCUGCCGGGUACCAGUCCAUCAACAGCGCAAGUCCACUGCACCGGUACCUGGCAGACACCCUGCAGGUACACGAGCGACUGGCCGUUGACCUGGAGCUGCAGAGUCAGCAACAACUGGGAGGGAAGCCAUCAGAUCAAGAACAAGAUCAACUAGCGGCUGACUCGUCCAUUUCGCUGACGCCGUCCGAUGGCGCCGGAUUGGAGUUGAACAAUGGCAGCGUCGUGGACAUGACCAUGGAGGACGCGUUAACAAUGCUCCAUGAACAUCGGAGGCAGAGGGAGCGCCGAGCGGGACUCGCUCGUCCUCGCAUCCACAACACGGCGAGCAAGAGGCGGAGAGGCUCGAUGCCCCAGGGCCACAGGGAUAAGGAAUAUAGACCGAGUUGAGAUGUUAACAUGGUUGGGCGAAGGACAAGAGGUGUUGACGGUUCAGACACUGUUACGAUCAUUGUCAAAGUAUCCUUGUUGAUGUCUUAAGAUUCUGGCCACACAUGUCACAUUUGCAAUAGAUAUAUCUUCCUUGGUGAGGAGAAUAAUGAUAUUACCCUUCUCUGUCCGCCGCGAUGCA